AUGUGUGGAAUCUUUGGCUACAUAAACUACCUUGUCGAGAAGGACAGAAAGUUCAUUCUUGACACACUUGUCAAUGGUCUUUCCCGACUCGAAUACCGUGGAUACGACUCUGCCGGUCUCGCCGUCGACGGUGACAAGAAGAACACAGUCUUUGCCUUCAAGGAGGUUGGCAAGGUUGCCAAGCUCAAGGCACUGAUUGAGGAGGAGAAGCCAGAUCUUACCAAGAUCUUUGACUCACAUGCUGGUAUUGCCCACACAAGAUGGGCUACCCACGGUCCUCCCUCUCGCUUGAACUGCCACCCCCACAGAUCCGACGCCAACUGGGAGUUUUCCGUCGUCCACAAUGGUAUCAUUACCAACUACAAGGAGCUCAAGACUCUCCUGGAGUCCAAGGGCCUGAAGUUCGAGACUGAGACCGAUACGGAAUGUAUUGCCAAGCUCGCCAAGUACAUCUACGACCAGCACCCAACCUUGGGCUUUGUCGACCUUACAAAGACUGUCAUCAACGAGCUCGAGGGUGCCUACGGUCUCCUGAUCAAGUCUGUCCACUACCCCCACGAGGUUGUCGCCGCCCGCAAGGGUUCGCCCCUCGUCAUUGGUGUCAAGACCCAGAAGCGCAUGAAGGUUGACUUUGUCGAUGUCGAGUACUCUGAGGAGGGUGCUCUGCCGGCUGAGGCCGCCUCGCAGAAUGCUGCCCUCAAGAAGACCUCGGACAACUUCUUGACUCCCAACGCCGCCAUGCUGACGGCUCCCGACAAGUCUCUGCUCCACCGAUCGCAGUCGCGUGCUUUCAUGACCGACGAUGGCAUGCCCAUGCCCGCCGAGUUCUUCCUGUCCUCCGACCCGGCUGCCAUUAUCGAGCACACCAAGAAGGUCAUGUACCUUGAGGAUGACGACAUUGCCCACAUCCACGAGGGCUCCCUCAACAUCCACCGUCUCAAGAAGGCCGACGGCAGCUCCAAUGUACGAACCAUUCAGACUCUCGAGCUCGAGCUGCAGGAGAUCAUGAAGGGCAAGUUCGACCACUUCAUGCAGAAGGAGAUCUUCGAGCAGCCCGAGUCGGUUGUCAACACCAUGAGAGGUCGUCUGGAUCUGGAGAACAAGACCGUCACUCUUGGUGGUCUCCGAUCAUACAUUGCAACCAUCCGAAGAUGCCGUCGUAUCAUCUUCAUUGCUUGCGGCACUAGUUAUCACUCUUGCAUGGCUGUUCGAGGUAUCUUCGAAGAGCUUGCCGAGAUUCCCAUCUCUGUCGAGUUGGCUUCGGACUUCCUGGACAGACAGGCUCCCGUUUUCCGUGACGACACCUGCGUGUUCGUCUCGCAAUCUGGUGAGACUGCUGACUCUCUGAUGGCUCUGCGAUACUGCUUGGAGCGCGGUGCUCUCACUGUCGGUAUCGUCAACGUCGUUGGUUCGUCCAUCUCGCUGCUCACCCACUGUGGUGUCCACGUCAACGCUGGUCCUGAGAUUGGUGUCGCCUCCACCAAGGCCUACACUUCGCAGUUCAUUGCCAUGGUCAUGUUUGCUCUGUCGCUUAGCGAGGACCGUGCUUCCAAGGCUCAGAGACGUCUGGAGAUCAUGGAGGGUCUUGGCAAGAUCUCUGGCCAGAUCAAGGAUAUCCUUGCUCUCGACCAGCCCAUCAAGGAGCUGUGCGCCCAGACUUUCAAGAACCAGAAGUCCCUGCUGCUCUUGGGUCGUGGCAGCCAGUUCUCUACUGCCCUUGAGGGUGCCCUGAAGAUCAAGGAAAUUUCUUACCUUCACUGCGAGGCUGUCAUGUCCGGUGAGCUCAAGCACGGUGUGCUGGCCCUUGUCGAUGAGAACCUUCCCAUCAUCAUGAUCUUGACCCGCGACGACCUCUUCAAGAAGUCGCUCAACGCCUACCAACAAGUUACUGCUCGUGGUGGCAAGCCCAUUGUCAUCUGCAACCCCAGCGACGAGGAGUUCCAGGCCAACCAGGCAGAGAAGAUUGAGGUUCCCAAGACCGUUGACUGCUUGCAGGGUCUCCUCAAUGUUAUCCCCCUGCAGUUGAUUGCCUACUGGCUGGCUGUCAUGGAGGGUCUCAACGUCGACUUCCCGCGUAACUUGGCCAAGUCCGUGACUGUCGAGUAA